CAAUGGCUCCGUCGCCUACUUGCACCACGUCGCUGUCGCGCACUGCUGUGCCGCCCCGUCUGGCUUUCUCCUCCCACGGCGACGCGCCACCGUCCCCAAAGUCGCCUCCUCAUACUACAAGGCUGCAAGCACAUAGCUGUUGCCGCCCGCCCUCUCAGCCGCGCGAGACAUCGAGCUCCACGUACGUACGGGGCGAUCGAGGAGGAUCAGCUGGCUAGCUCGGGUGGAGACGACCGGUGGAUGGAGGCUGCGGCGGCGGCGGAGGAGAAGGUGUUCGUCGCGGUGCCGGCGGAGCCCAGGGCGGGGCAGUCGACCCUGGCGUGGGCUCUCCGCCAUCUCUACGGCGGCGCCGGCACCACGAUCGUCGUCACGCACGUGCACGUCCCGCCGCAGAUGAUCCCCAUCAUGGGGGUCAAGUUCCACGCCGAUAAGCUGAGCCCCGAGCCGGUGCGCGCGUUCAGAAGGGCGGAGCGCGAGAGGGCCCACGAGAUGCUGGACGACUACAUCCACCAGUGCUCACAAAUCAAGGUGAAAUGCGAGAAGCUGGUGAUCGAGCAGGAAGACGCCGCAUCCGGUCUCGUCGAGCUCAUUCGGCUCCGUCGGAUCACCAAGCUCGUGAUCGCGGCCGCCGAAGACAAGCACUACUCGAAAAAGCUCGACAAGCCUGUGUCCAAGACAGCGACAGAAAUAAUGGAGAGAGCUGAUCCAUCAUGCAAGAUUUGGUUCGUCUGCAAGGAGCAGUUAGUCUGCACCAGGACCAAGGAAGUACAAAUUGCACCAUUAACUGUUGCUGCACCUUUGCUCCCUAGUCCUGGCCAUGAAGCUCAGCAUUUGCAAUCUCCCCAGGAAGAGGGUGACACCGAGAUGGAACCGAGUUUCGACGAUGAGCUCGAAGAGGCACGCAAAGCCGUCGGGGAGCUGAUGAGAAGGGCUCUGAAAGAAUCCUGCAGGCGCCAAAAGGCAGAAGAAGAAAUGGCCACAUCUCUCCAGAAAGCGCAAGAACACGAGCAGCUGUACCUUGAAGAGGUGAAGAAGAGGGAGGAGCUCGAAGCAGCCCUGGCGAGAGCAGACAGAGAAAUCGCGCGGCUACGACAGGCAAUCCAGCAAAAACACGACCGGGGAGGCAGUCACGGCGAGAUCGAUUCUUGAACAGCACAUCGUCGUCACAGGCGACGACGCGACAAAACCCAGCUUCGGCGCCGCAGCCGCCGCCGGGCAAUUUCAGAGCAGCGGCGGGGUAAGCCGACGGAGCCUUUUCCGUGGUGAAGGGUGAUGGCAAUGCCGCAGUGGUGGAAGAGAGCUGGACACUGCUCAGCAGGAGGACUGGGAAGGUGCCCGAUGAGGACGGGGCGCCGAUGCGGUCAGCCGCUGGCUCGCGCGCUCUGGGUUUUGCGCCGCGGCAGUGCUCUGUUUCCUUGUGACUCGAAUGCAGCGAAGGCGGUACCGUGCUCAUUUUGGUACCUACGCAAGUACAGCAUAUACUCACCAGGCUAAACGCUGAGAGGGCAGGGAUUAGGUGCAAUUUUACUGUUUAGCGUGCGAGGACAGAAAUUAGGUGCAGUUUCAAUGUCCUCAAAUGUUGUUGUUUCUGUUGAAACCAAAAUUUUAAGAUACAUUCCUACGAUUGAUUAGUACAGUAUAACAUAAAAAAAUUCAUCUAUUCCCUUAUUACCUUCA